AUGGUGGUGAAGGUGGAGGUGGAGGUGGUGGCAGUGGUGGGUGGUGGUGGUGGUGGUGGUGGUGGUGAUAGAGAUAGAGUUAGGGGUGAAGGUGAAGAUGAUGGUGGCGGUAGUUGUGGGUGGUGGGUGGUGGUGGUGGUGGUGGUGGUGGUGAUAGAGGUGGAGGUGACGAUGAUUGUUGUAGACAAUGUCAUUUUUAUAAAUUAA